AUGACUGAUGAAGACAAACACUUACGUAGUAAAAGCGUCACAUAAAAUAUUAAAAAUAUUGUUACAUCACAUUUUCCAAUCAUAUUUUAUGAGCAGAGAUAUGAUUUUAAUAACUCGCAUAUUUCUAUUAUAUAUCGCAGUUUGUUUGGCUGUUGAAUCUGAUUCUGAUUCAACGGAGUUAAAAAAAACAUAUGUCACUUCGAUAGAAAAGUCAAUACAAAUGUUAAUAAAUUCUGAAAAUAGGAUUCCGAAAAAUAUUUUGACUAUUAAAAAUAAGUUAAAAGAGUUAACAUAUGGUGUGUUUCCCAAGAGUGAAAAUAUGUGGAAAAAAUCAACAAUUAGUAAUAUUUUAAACCCAUUUAAACACAAUAUUAAGGCAAUAUAUCCAGGGACAUAUUGGUGCGGUGAUGGUGAUAAAUCUCCAAAUAAAAAAGAUCUUGGUUUUUUUGAAACUACAGAUGCUUGUUGUAAAGCCCACGAUCUUUGUUCAGAGAAUAUUUCAGCAGGAGAAGAACGAGAAGGACUUCUAAACAAUGGUAUAUUCACAAGAUCAUCAUGUAACUGUGAUGAUGCAUUUUAUGGGUGUCUUAAGGAAGCUAAUAACAUUUUAGCUACACACAUUGGAACAACGUAUUUUAAUAUUUUAAGACCUCAAUGCUUCAAAGAGUAUUAUCCUAUUGUAAAUUGUGAAAAACACGCAAAGUAAUAUAUUUUAUAAUUUAUUCAACUUUUUGUGUAAAAUAUUUUCUAUUUAAUAUUUAUUAUUAUUAAAUUUUAGGCAUCGAUUGAUAAAUAAAAAAUGUGAGAAAUAUAAUUAUAAUCUUUUUCUGCCACAAAUAAUGCAAUGGUUUGAUAAUCCAGAUUUUUUAUAA